CAGAAAGGGAGCAAUGUGGACAGUUAGCGCAAGUAUCUAGCACCUACAACGCAGCGUCGCGGCGCCUUGUGUAUAGCGCCGGGCGUCCUCAGUGAUCUGUACGAUGCCACCGUGAACGUUUACCACUUUGCUAUUAUUCUCAAAUGAUAGACAUUCAAACACGUGUCCUACCCUAAUGAUAAUUUUCACGUUUAUUAAAUGUGAUUGCAAAUUUUGUGCAAUAUAAAAAACGAGAGGGAGAGAAAAAAAAAGUGCUUUUAUUUACAAAACAACAACAUUAUUCAACAUUCAAUACGCAAGCCGUUGACACAUUAAAUGAACCAGUGAUCUCCCUUGAGACGUAUGUCCGGAGAAGUCCGAUAUGAAUACCGAAGGAAGAGUAUUCCCAGGGAAAAGAUGACACCACGACGUCAUGUCCUUAUGGGGAUUCGUAGGACAAUCGUGGUAGUAGGAAUUUUGGCACUUGUCAUCUUAGCAUUUUAUAAUCAAGAUAGCACAAAUAACAUGCAGCCAGUAAUAGAGGAUGAUCUAAGAAUGACAUUAGAAGAAAGGCUAAUGGAACAAUCAUCAAUGGCUGACACUGAAAUACGAUUAGGUGAUAGACGUAAUUUUUUGUCCGAAAAAUGUAUACAAGAGGGUCUCGAUCGUUCUGGCAAUGACUCGCUUCACCGAGCAAAUGCCUGGGAAUUCCUUAUAAAUAGAGAAUACCAUUUGAUUUGGUGCAACGUGUUCAAAGCAGCAUCCACAUCAUGGAUGUACAACUUCAAUUUACUUGCCGGAUACAGUCCACAAUUUCUCAAGGCAACCAAAGCAGUGCCUGUUUAUUUAGCGCGACAAAGAUAUCCCCGACCAACCGCGGAAGAACUUGGAAAGUUUCUAAACGACAGCAUAAGUUUUCUGAUCGUGAGACAUCCUUUCGAACGAUUGCUCAGUGGCUACAGGGAUAAGUUUGAACAAAGCUUACCACAUACAUUUCACAGUAAACUUGGAUUUUACAUUGUUUCACACUACAGAGUCAAAGGUAAAAAAGGAGGAGGUAAACAGGGUCCAAGGUACCCAUUGUUUGACGAAUUUGUGAGAUGGCUUUUAUGUGAAUGGCGAGCAGGAAAAGAAUUAGACAUGCACUGGACUCCAGUUGUCAGUUUUUGUACACCAUGUCAAGUGCGAUUCGAUGUCAUUGCCAAAUUUGAAACAUUACACGAUGACCAAAAUUAUUUGAUUAAAAAAGCCGGCGUGGGACACAUCAUUAAACCUGAAUGGCAAAAUCCAACACGCGGAGCCCAAACGAAAGAUGUAAUAAAACAUUACUACAAACAACUUUCAAUUAAUCAAAUCAACGAUUUGUAUGACAUGUUUAGAUACGAUUUUAUUUUAUUCGACUACUCGCCAGCUGAAUACAUAGCUCUAGGAAAAAAAGAAGCAACUACAUUAGUAUGCAAGAAGUAAAUUCAAAUUUAUCCUAAACAUUAGCUUUUUUGUAAAAACUACAGAAAGAAAUUUUUUUUUUUACAAAUUUCAAUAAAAUGAAAAUUGUAUCAUAGCAACGAAAGCGUGAUAAGAAGAGUUACGAAUCUUGUAUCAUAUAUAGUUAAAUUAAAAAAAAAUAUAUCUGAUUUAAAAUCUCUUCAAAAAAAAUAUAUAUAUAUAUAUUCCAAAUUUUUCUUGGAAUUAAGUAGAAUAGGAAAUUUUAUAUAAUAAAAAUUAAUUUACAAAUUUUAAUAUAAUUACAGUGCUUAAAUUCGCCUGUAUGUAAAUAAUUAGAUAAAGAAUUGUUUCGAGAAAUUCAUAAAAACAUUGGAAACUCUCUAUUGAUUAAAACAGUUGUAUAUGUUAUAUCGACUAAACAGUCGCACUCUUGUACAUUUUUGACAAAUUCAUAGAUUGAGAUAUUUAAAUACAGUAAAAAGAAAUUUAACAAAAAUGUCCAAAAUUUCAAAUAAAACUAAAAAAAAAAAAAUCAAGAAAAAAAUUUAAUUAAAAAAACUUAUUAAAACAAUAAAAAUAAAUGAAUUUAUUUUUAUUUAAAUUAAUGUUUUAAAAUAAAACAUAAUUAAUUUAACUUCUAACAAAUUACUCUAAAAAAAAAAACAUUAACAAAAAUUUUUAAAUAAAUUUUUAUUAAUUAAAAAAAAAAUUUGUUAAAGUCACGAAAUAAAAAAUUACUUAAAAAUUCACUUAUAAUAAAAUGUUAAUUAAAAGUGACGUAUUCAACAAACGACUAUUCUCAAAAUAACAAUUACUGCCUCCAAUUAAUUAUAAAACAAACAUCAGGGUAGAAGACUUUUUUAAAAACCCUUUUUUUAACUUUUAUUCAAUUUAUAAACUAGUAUCAAGAAUUUUAGAAAACAAAUUUUAAUUUUAAAUAUUAUGUUAAUAAAGUUAUUUUAAAAAAAUUUUUUUGGAAUACUUUCUUACUUCGGUAAAAAAAACAACCAUUUCAAGUUGUCUUUGCACUGAAAUAUCCAAUCAAUAGUGAAAUUUGUAAAAUAAUCAACAAUAAUUGUUAACUAGAAAUGUGCAUCUCAAGAGGCAGCAAAUAUUUGUAAAAUAAUUGUUGUUGAUGAGCCUUAUUAUUCGAGAAAUAAAUUAUGUAUAUUCUUAAAACGCAUCAAGUAGACAGGCACAAACUAGAUUUUUGCCUAAAGAUAUUUGUAUACUAUCAAAAAUAUUGUAUUUGGUCUGGACAAGGACAAAAGAAAAAAAUCUUUACUAAUAUUUGAAGAACUCAAUAUAUUGUUAUAAUUCAACUAUCGCUUAAUAUUCUUUCGCUCAAAAGAAAAAAAGAAAAUUGUAAAAAAUCGUUGAUGAAUGAAUGCGUUAAGCUAGAAAAAUAUUUUUUAACCGUUUUUAAUUGUCUCAAUGUUACCAUUUAAUAAUCGCAUUAAUUUAAGAUAAUCAUAUAAUUUUAAUCUAAACUAUUUUUAAUUUUAUUUAUAAUAAUUUAUAAUUUUAUGUAAUUAAGAAUUAAUAAUAAUUAUACAAUUUAAUAACAUUUUUAAUCUAUAAGUAAAAUUGUUUUAAUGGGUUGUUAGUAAAAAAUAAUAUCAAGCCUAAAAACAUAAUCAGAAAUUAACAUAAGAAUGUUUACUUUAAAUUAAAAUAAAAUUUAAUUUCUCGAAUGCAUUUACGAAAUGUUGUUUCAAUGAAAAACAUUUUUAGUUUUAGUAAAACUGUAAUAUUUUCCAAGACUUUUUUUUACUGUGUCAAAACGAAUUUAUUUCUCUAGUUCCAGGUAGAAUAUAAAAAAAUGCCUAAUGUGUAAAAUUCAAUUAAACUUUCAUCUAAUAUUUGUUACUACGUAUCCUUACUUUCUCACAGUUUGUAAAGAAUAUUAUUUAACCGAAGAAACCAAAAAAUAAACUCAAAAAUAAAAAGUACGAUAAAAUGAGAAAUUUCAAGUGUGUAAACUCUGUAAUUUUUGAAUUAUCAGAUUUGUCGUAAAACAAUCAUUUUCUUUUUUUGAGAAAAAUAAAUAAAAUUUAAAAAUAAA